AAUGGCACAUUACCAUAGCGACUAUGGAAAGAAUGAUGAAGUGGAAUUUGUCCGAACUGGCUAUGGGAAGGACAUGGUCAAAGUACUCCAUAUUCAGAGGGAUGGAAAAUACCACAGCAUCAAAGAGGUGGCGACUUCGGUGCAGUUGACUCUGAGAUCCAAAAAGGAUUACCUACAUGGUGAUAAUUCCGACAUCAUCCCUACAGACACCAUCAAGAACACAGUGCAUGUCCUGGCGAAGUUCAAAGGGAUCAAAAGCAUCGAGACUUUUGCUAUGAACAUCUGUGAACAUUUUCUCUCUUCCUUUAACCACGUCACCCGAGUCCACGUCCACGUGGAAGAGGCCCCCUGGAAGCGUUUUGAAAAGAACGGAGUCAAGCAUGUCCACGCGUUCAUCCACACCCCCACGGGAACACACUUCUGUGAGGUGGAGCAGAUGAGGAACGGACCUCCUGUCAUUCACUCCGGAAUCAAAGACCUCAAGGUCUUGAAAACAACCCAGUCUGGAUUCGAAGGGUUCAUCAAAGACCAGUUCACUACUCUCCCUGAGGUGAAGGACAGAUGCUUUGCCACUCAAGUGUACUGCAAGUGGCGCUACCAGAGACCGGAUGUGGACUUUGAGGCUAUCUGGGGCGCUGUCCGGGACAUUGUCCUGCAGAAAUUUGCUGGACCCUAUGACAAAGGCGAAUACUCACCUUCUGUACAGAAGACCCUCUAUGACAUACAAGUGCUGUCCCUGAGCCAGCUUCCUGAGAUAGAAGACAUGGAGGUCAGCCUUCCGAACAUUCACUACUUUAACAUCGACAUGUCCAAAAUGGGGCUAAUCAACAAGGAAGAGGUUUUGUUGCCUCUGGACAAUCCCUACGGAAAAAUAACAGGGAGGGUCAAGAGGAAGCUGCCCUCAAGGCUGUGACUUUAUAGCUC